UUCUGGAGCUGCAGAACCUUUCUGCUGUGUUUGGUGCUCACACUGGGAGCCCUUAGAGAGGAACACCAGCAGGAGACUUCCGGCAGCUGAGUCCGCGGCGAAGAUGAGCACCAGACAGGUGACUUGCAGGUAUUUUCUCCAUGGCGUCUGCAGAGAGGGCAGCCACUGUCUGUUCUCUCAUGACCUGAACAACAGCAAACCCUCCACCAUCUGCAAGUACUACCAGAGAGGAGUGUGUGCCUACGGAGAGCGCUGCAGAUAUGAUCACGUGAAACCUUCAUCCAGAGGAGGAGCUUCAGAGGACCUGUCAGGUGUUGGCAGAGGGGUCAGAGAUGAAGGGAAGAAGACGUUGGUCCUGAGGGACAGAGCCACAACCCAUUCCUGUUCCUCAGUUCUGGGCAGUGACCGGGCAUUCGGGGGCCCGUCGGACAGUUUGAACUUGGUGGUACCAGAGGGAGCAGCAGCAGCUCCACAGUCCUACGUGGAUGCUAUCAGAACCGGGUUGGAUGGUUCAGCUCCAGAACCAGAGCCUCACGCUGUGGGUGGAGCCUAUCAACUCUGUCCGUAUGCCGUCGCCGGACACUGUUACUAUGGAGACAGUUGCACAUAUCUCCAUGGUGACCUGUGUGAGGUGUGCGGGCUGCAGGUGCUCCACCCCCAUGAUCCUGAGCAGAGGAGAGCUCAUGAGAAGAUGUGUCUGCUGGCGUUUGAGGCCGACAUGGAGAAGGCAUUUGCAGCUCAGCUCAGCCAGAACAAGGUGUGCUCCAUCUGCAUGGAGGUUGUGGUCCAGAAGGCCGUCCCGUCGGAGCGAAGGUUCGGCAUCCUGUCCUCCUGCUGCCACAUCUUCUGUCUCAGCUGCAUCAGACAGUGGCGUGGAACCAGAACCUUCUGCAACAAGAUCAUCAAAUCAUGUCCAGAAUGUAGGAUCAUCUCUGAGUUCGUCAUCCCCUCGGUGUACUGGGUGGAGGAUCAGGGAGAGAAGGAUCACCUGAUCGAGCUCUUUAAGUCAGGUGUCAGUAAGAAGGCCUGUAAGUACUUUGAUGAGGGCCGCGGAUCAUGCCCCUUUGGAGGAAACUGUCUGUAUCUUCAUGCCUUCCCAGAUGGAACACGAGCGGAACCGGACCGGCCUCGGAAACAGCUAAGCUCUGAGGGAAAUGUCCGGUUCAUGAACAGUGUCCGUCUGUGGGACUUCAUCGAAGAGCGCGAGCAGCGCUCGGCGCCGCCCCUGCUGACCCUGGAUGAUGACAUUACGGAGCUGCGAGAGCUCUUUAUGCAGAUGUCAGCGCCGAGCGGCGAGGAAGCCGAGGCCCCGCCCAACCCAGGGGAGUAAAAACAUGGCCACGUCCUACUGUCUCCAUGGUAACCUGUGUGCGGGCUGGGCCAGGCAGCCAUGUUUGUUCCUGAUUUGACCUUGUGACCUCUGAGCAGGUUUGAGACGGAGCAGAGGUUUUAUUUAUGCUGUAUAAAGUAAAGCGGAGACCAUUAAAAGCUGA